AGACGCGUGACGUGUGUGCGUGCGCGCUCCCGAUCGGAGGGAAGAUGGCGGAUGUUUGGAGUGAGGAGCUUCGUGAGAGCAGCUGAUAAAGAGAAACACAAACAACAGCGGAAAAGCAGAAGAAGCGCGCCGGCGAGAGACAGACCGACACACCGGCACACAGAUCCGCAGACGGCGUCAUGUCUCGCUGCGCAGACGGUGAGGACAGCUGCUCGGUUGCCAUGGAGACGGAGGAGGGCGUCGCGGCGGCGGAGGUGAAGCCGGGCGUCCGCAGCAUGGGCGAGCUCCCCGAGGAGGUGCUGGAGUACAUCCUGUCCUUCCUGUCGCCGUACCAGGAGCACAAGACGGCCGCGCUGGUCUGCAAGCAGUGGUAUCGCCUCAUCAAAGGUGUGGCGUAUCAGUGUUAUCACGGUUUCCUGAGGGCCGUUCAGGAGGGAAACAUCCAGUGGGAGAGUCGCACGUAUCCGUAUCCUGGAACACCGAUAACACAACGCUUCUCUCACAGUGCGUGUUACUACGACUCGAAUCAGUCGAUGUACGUGUUCGGCGGCUGCACUCAGAGCAGCUGUAACGCGGCGUUCAACGAUCUGUGGCGUCUGGAUCUCAACAGUAAGGAGUGGAUCCGGCCGCUGGCGUCAGGAUCGUAUCCGUCUCCUAAAGCCGGAGCCACGCUGGUCAUGUACCGGGAUCUGCUGGUGCUGUUCGGCGGCUGGACGCGGCCCAGUCCGUACCCGCUCCACCAGCCCGAGAGGUUCUUCGACGAGAUCCACACGUACUCGCCCUCCAAGAACUGGUGGAACUGCAUCGUGACGACUCACGGGCCGCCGCCGAUGGCGGGACACUCGUCUUCUGUGAUCGGCAGCACUAUGGUGGUGUUCGGAGGCUCUCUGGGCGCGCGGCAGAUGAGUAACGAGGUGUGGGUUCUGGAUCUGGAGCAGUGGUCCUGGUCCAAACCGGCCAUCGGCGCUCCGGCUCCUCAUCCGCGCGGAGGCCAGUCACAGAUCGUGAUCGAUAACGAGACGCUGCUGAUUCUGGGCGGCUGCGGCGGGCCGAACGCUCUGCUGAAGGACGCGUGGCUGCUGCACAUGAGCGCCUCCCCCUGGACGUGGCAGCAGCUGCGCGUGGAGAACGAGGAUCACGGCGCGCCGGAGCUCUGGUGCCAUCCCGCCUGCAAGGUGGGUCAGUGUGUGGUGGUUUUCUCUCAGGCGCCGUCGGGUCGAGCUCCUCUCAGCCCGAGUCUGAACUCCCGCCCCUCCCCCAUCAGCUCAACGCCCGCCCCUCUGGGUCCGGACCCGCCCUCGCUGCGCUCUCAGUCUCCGGUGCGCAGCGGCGCGGCGGGCGUGGUGCUGGGCGCGGUCGAGGAGGCGCCCUGCGUGAACGGCCGCUGGGGGACCCUGCGUCCGAGAGCCUCGGCCCGAGCGCGGGACGGCAGCCCUUCGUCGUCGUCGCCCUCGCGAGGUCCCGACAGCCCGCCGCUGCUCAACGGCUCGUCGCCCUCGCCGCGCACCAGCCCGGUCCAGGCGGCGUCUCCGCCCACGCGGCCGCACGCGGACUACGGCUGGGACGGCUCGCCCGCCGCCGCCGACCCGCCCGCUUCCAACGGGCUGCACACGCCUCCGCAGGCCGGCUCGCCGCGCACCCCUCCGGGCGCCGUUUCUCCCGCCGCCCUGCGCCGCGGUCUGGAGGCCGUCAAAGCCUCUUCGUCGCUGCCGUCCUCUUCCUCGCCGUCCCAGCCGGGCCCGUCGGCGUCCGGCGGCACGCCUCCCUCCUCCUCCAGCCCGCCGCAGGCCGCCGACGGACACUCCAUCCCGCCCAUCGCCCGCCGCCUCGGCCACCACCCGCCGCAGAGCCUGAACGUGGGCAAACCGCUGUACCAGUCGCUCAACUGCAAACCCAUGCAGAUGUACCUGCUGGACAUUUCUCGUGCCAAGUCGGACGGCGUGGUGUCGUGGAGGGUGUACGGGAGCGGCGGAGCGCCCAGCGCCGUCACCGGGCCGCCCGAGACCAGCCUGCACACGGUGGUUCAGGGCCGCGGCGAGCUCAUCAUCUUCGGCGGCCUCAUGGACAAAAAGCAGAACGUGAAAUAUUACCCCAAAACCAACGCCUUGUACUUCGUCCGCGCCAAGAGGUAAUGGAGGAACGCCGAGACGGACGGGAACGACUGCUGCCCUUACACUAAUUUACCUUAAAAUACAGCUCGACACAUAUAAAGGACACUCAAACAUAGUUGUUGUUUCAAUUUCUGAGUGAGCGAAUGAUGUUUUUGCUAUGUGCUCUGCGAGUGUGAGUGAGAGACAGAGACAGACAGAGAGAGAGAGAGAGAGAGAAACUCUACAAGGGAAUGUUUUAUUGUUUCUGUCGCAUUUCACCCUCAGAAACGCUGAUCUGACCGAAGGAAACAGACGAUUGUAGGAGGAACAGAUGAAAUGGACCUUUUUUACCGCUCUUUCGGCCUGCAUUGUUUACAUUAAACGCGUGCGUGUUUGUGUGAGAGCGUGUGUGUGUGUGCGUGUGGGCGUGAUGGUGUUGUUGAGGGAAUGAGACUGUGGAUUGUAAAUGGAAAUAAAGUUCUCCAUGUCUUAAUUCUCUGAUACAAUGUUGCGUCUGUUUUUAUGAUCUUUUAAGCGUGUAGCACUGAAACAUUUUUGUAAUAGUUAAAAUGGUCACGAAUCAGCGAUUUCCACGUAAAACUGAACAGACCAAACCGUAAAUCGUAGACACUUGAAACUUGGAAGGAUGGUAGUACUCGCAACAAGACGCCUACAACAAGACCAA